CUGUUCAGAGGCUGCUGAAACUGAAAGUGCUGCAGAAGCGGCUGCUGCUUCAGGCCCGAGAGAUUAUUUCACCUUCAGCUGUGCGGAGAGGAGGGCAAUCAGGUGGCGGUGGUAGGCAGACAAAGAGAGUGAGCUUUAAAACAGUGCGACAUGAACGGAGGAGUGGGCUGGGUCCUUUCGGAAGAAGUGAUCGAUCUCACCAGAGGACCGUCAGGAUUGGGCUUUAACAUCGUUGGUGGGAUGGAUCAGCAGUACAUUGCCAACGACAGUGGCAUCUAUGUCAGCAGGAUCAAAGGAGAUGGGGCUGCUGCCCUUGAUGGCCGAUUACAGGAAGGAGACAAAAUUUUAGCGAUUAACGGCAGGGAUCUGAAGAACUUGCUGCACAAGGAUGCUGUGGAACUGUUUAGGAAUGCAGGCUGCGACGUUUCUCUGAAAGUUCAACACAGGUUGCAGCCACAGAAUGGUCCAGCUGGUCACAGAGGAGAUGGAGAACCAGAUGGUAUUCCCCUAGCUGUCAUUUUGGUGCCAGUGUUGGCCAUUGCAGUGGUUACAGUGUGGGCCUUCGUAAGGUAUCGACAGCGGAUGUGAAAGAUUCCCCAAAGGACACUUUGUUAUACAAAUAUUUAGAAUGCCACAGGAUGACUGGCUGGAGAUGUUCUUCUGUAGUGGUUCAAUGAAGGCCCUUGUGCUAUACUAUUUGACAUUCUCAUAGUAUUGUGAAGAAUCCUAGUGUGCUGCACCAGCGAUACACAUAAAGCAUCCCUUACUUCAGGCACAGCAAGAGGAGAGCAUGAGGGAGAAGUUUGCCCAAGGUUCCUAAAGCAAACCUCUGCUCUUGCCAAAAGUACUGUGAAAUUUUGGCAGCUGUAUGUGCAAAGGGGAUGGUUUGUGCCUGCAGUUCUGUGGUCAAUGGCUUGAUUAUGCAUGCAAAGCAGAUAAACGUGAUUAUCCACAACAA